GAUGGACAUGAAAGUUCAUUAAAUAGAGACUGAUAGUAAAAUGUUAAGAUACUAAUAUUAAAUACAAGUAACUUUUUUAUUAUUUGAUGAUUAUUAACUGUGUGAACACUUUGUAAGCCCAAAAAUUAGUGGAGAGAAGAUUCUAAUGUGACCAGUGUUUGAUAAGAAAUGCAGCGAAAAAUUAAGUAAAUAUAUAUUAUCUCUCUCGAAAUAGAUACCCUAGGUUUAAGCAGUAAUUCUGCUGAUAAACACUUGUAUCAGGUUAAAAAUAAAAAUUCGCCAAUUCCUUUCCCACGCAUCACCCGUACUCAUCAAGCAAGAUUUGGCGCUCUUCGCGACCUUAAACCCCAUUCAAUUGUGUAACUAAAUGUUUCAAGCAUCUAUCAAAACCAUAACACUUGAACCGGUUCAGAUGCAGGACUAAUAAGCGACCAAAAAACCUACAACCGGUGAUGAUUUAAAUUUUGUUCACGUGGAAAAAAUGCCGUCGAUCGCACCACUACAAUCAUCCUAGACGGCGCGCGCUCUCUCACGCACAACAAACACGUGAAUCGCGUCGCAGGCGUCGUCACAGAAACGGGCAAAAGGUUGAUAAGAAGAGCAUCGAUUCGGGCAUCUAUAAAAACCGCGACCAAACAACCCGCUGGUGAGAAGUGGCAACUUUAGUCUCUCGUUAGCUCGCGAUUCGCGCGUACACUGUUCCGUAAGAUCGUGCCGUUUGGCGUACAUUCGGCAAAAAGUUUGCAUCCGUUUGUGAAACACAUUACAUUCCGCCCAUCAUACGCGUGCCGUCGACAAACCAAUCAUGCAAAUAGUGUUCACCAUCAAUGGGAAGGUGCAUAAAGCGAACAGCGCAACCGUCCCGAUCGAUACCUCGCUCGGAACUUAUCUGCGCUACCAUGCACAGCUCAAAGGUACCAAAUUUAUGUGUCGCGAGGGUGGCUGUGGUGCCUGCAUCGUCAACAUUAGCAGCCAGCAUCCCGUUACGAAGGAUAUCAUAUCGCGAGCGGUGAACUCGUGUCUAUUUCCACUGUUCUCCUGCAAUGGAUUGGAUAUCGUUACGAUCGAAGGCAUCGGUAACAAGCUGGAUGGAUAUCAUGCUACCCAACGUCGGCUGGCACACUUCAACGGGACACAAUGCGGAUUCUGUUCACCCGGCAUGGUCAUGAACAUGUACAGUUUGUUGGAAGCGAAAAAGGGAAAGGUCACAAUGGAGGAGGUUGAGAAUUCGUUUGGUGGCAAUAUCUGCCGCUGUACCGGCUAUCGGCCCAUUCUCGAUGCAUUCAAAUCGCUCGCUAUUGAUGCUGAUCCGAAACUGCUCGAAGCCUGUCAGGAUAUAGAGGAUGUUCCACGAAUUUGCCCAAAAAGUCGGGAAGGCAAUCCCUGCUCUGGCAAGUGCUCGAUGGCAGCCCAGUGUGAGGAGGCGAACGAUAUUCAUCUGUUGUUUGCAAGCGGCCACGAGUGGUACAAGGUGGAAAAUGUACAGGCAAUCUUUCGGAUUUUCGAUAACAUAGAAUCACGACCGUACAUGCUGGUUGCUGGUAACACUGCCACGGGUGUAUAUCGACGACCCGACAAUCUGGAAGUGUUCAUCGACAUCACCUCAGUGGCAGAUCUGCGAGUGAACUACUUUAACGAUGCUUUGAUCAUCGGAGCCAACGUAACGCUGACCGAACUGAUGGGCAUCCUAGAUGAAGCUACCGUCGCAAAUGGGUAUGAGUACUGCCGCGAAAUGGUUAAACAUCUUGACCUGAUCGCUAACGUACCAGUGCGCAACGUAGGUACAAUCGCCGGGAAUCUAAGUAUUAAACAUCAGCAUCGUGAUUUUCCAUCCGAUGUGUAUCUACUACUCGAAGGUGUUGGCGCACGCCUAACAAUCGCCACCUCAACCACAUCAACGAAAGUCGUCACGGUGGAGGAAUAUCUGUCGAUGAAUAUGACCAAACGUAUCAUUGUGAACAUUCUACUGUACCCGCUAAAUGGCGAAGAAUAUUGUUUGCGCACCUACAAAGUGAUGCCACGGGCACAGAAUGCACACGCGUACGUUAAUGCAGUUUUUCUGCUGCAAUUCCAAGAGUCCGGAUUGUUGCGCACUGCUUCCAUCUGCUACGGUGGUAUCAAUCCGGGCUUUACCCAUGCUGUCCAGCUUGAGAGUUUUCUCGUCGGGAAAGAUAUCUUCCAACAAUCCGUUCUCCGAGAGGCAUUACAGGUGCUUAACAAUACGAUCACCCCAAAUUACGUUCCACCGGACGCAAGCGCGGAGUAUCGGAAGCAUCUUGCAGUGACACUUUUCUACCGAGCGAUUCUGAGCAUCGCUGAAGAUCGUGGCGUGCAACUCAAUGCGCUGUACUCGAGUGGUUUGCAGCUAUCUAAGCGCAUGCUUUCGAAAGGUCAACAAACGUACGACACAAUACAGCAAAACUGGCCAGUAACGAAAAACAUUCCCAAAGUCGAAGGACUAUCCCAAACAGCCGGAGAAGCAGAUUACACCGAUGAUAUUCCAAACCUUCCGGGGCAACUGUUCGGUGCCUUUGUACUCGCCACGAAACCACGCACCAGUAUCCUUCGCAUAGACCCAACGGAAGCACUUGCAGGCACAGGCGUGGUGGCAUUCUAUUCCGCACAAGACAUACCCGGCACCAACAACUUUAUGCCAGUGGAACUGGGCAACAAGGAAGUGGAGGAAAUAUUCUGCAGUGAUCGUGUGCUCUACCAUGGUCAACCGGUAGGUAUUAUUCUUGCCGAAACAUACGACGAAGCGUACCGAGCAGCAAAACUGGUGAAUGUUGAAUACGGCCCAUCGGACGGUCAACCCAUCCUGCCCACAGUAAAAGACGUGAUCAAGGCUGAUCGUACCGAGCGCAUACAUGUAAGCGAUGAGGUGCAGAUCGGAGAAAGAUACGAGGCCGGAUGUGGAUCGAUCCGACUGGAGGGAAAUUUUGAUCUGCCGAGCCAGUACCAUCUUUCGAUGGAAACGCAACAGUGCGUUUGCGUACCGAUCGAUGAUGGCAUGGAUGUGUACAGCUCGACACAGUGGGUAGACAUCUGCCAGAUCGCGAUCGCACGCGCCUUGAGUAUCCCAGAGAACAGUCUCAACUUCCGCAUUCGGCGCUUGGGUGGUGCAUUUGGGUCGAAAAUUUCACGUGCGUCACAGAUCGCUUGUGCCUGUGCCAUUGCGGCACAUUUCUCGCAACGUCCAGUACGAUUGAUCAUGUCACUGGAAGAUAAUAUAGCCGCGAUCGGGAAGCGCUCGGCAUGCGCCAGUCGAUACGAGAUAGAGGUUAACGAUCGCGGUCAAGUGCAGCGAUUGCUUAACCAAUUCUAUCAGGACUCUGGCUGUACCCUGAACGAACCAGUAGAGAAAGUCACGUUCUUGUUUUAUCGCAAUUGUUACGAUACGAGCAGCUGGAAGGUAAUGGGUCACAGUGUACUGACCGAAUCGGCCAGCACUACAUACUGCCGAGGGCCGGGAACAAACGAGGGUAUCAGCAUGGCCGAAAACAUGAUGGAGCACAUUGCGCAUCGACUCGGGCUAGAUCCGCUAACCGUACGCAUGGAAAACCUUACCGAGGAUAGUAAAAUCCGACAGUUACUGCCAAUGUUCGCAGAGGACGUUCAGUAUAACGCUCGCCGAACUGCGAUUUCACAAUUCAACGAAACUAAUCGUUGGAUUAAACGAGGCAUCGCAAUCGUACCGAUGAGAUAUCCCCAGUACUUUGUCGGAUCACUGCACGCACUGGUUUCGAUUUACCAUGCAGAUGGAACCGUUGCCAUUACUACCGGUGGCAUCGAUAUGGGGCAGGGUGUAAACACCAAAGUUACGCAGGUUGCCGCUCGUACUUUGGGCAUCCCGAUAAGUAUGAUACGGGUGAAAGCUAUGGCUAACAUAAGCUCACCGAACGCGAUUGUAUCCGGAGGCAGUAUGACAAGCGAUGCAGCCUGUUACGCCGUACAGCAGGCCUGUGAAAUCUUGCGAAACCGUAUUGAUCCUCUGCGACAGAAACAUCUCGAUGAGUCGUGGGAAGCCAUCACCCAACGAUGUCACCAGCAGAAUGUGGAUCUGUGUGCACUUUAUCAGUACAACGUGACCGAAAUGGAACACUACGUCGUGUGGGGUUUAGCGUGUUCCGAGCUGGAGGUUGACAUCCUUACCGGGAACGUCCAGAUUCGUCGUGUCGACAUACUAGAAGACGUCGGAGAAAGCAUCAGUCCUGGUAUCGAUAUCGGCCAGAUUGAAGGUGCAUUUGUAAUGGGUAUUGGACUGUACUUUACCGAGCAACUCGUUUACAGUGGAGAGUCCGGACAGCUACUAACUAACCGCUCCUGGAACUACAAACCACCCGGUGCCAAAGACAUCCCGGUGGACUUCCGCGUCAAGUUCCUGCAGAAGACACACAACGAAAAGUUUGUGCUGCGUUCCAAAACAACCGGUGAGCCAGCGCUCAAUAUGACCGUUUCGUUACUAUUUGCCCUUCGCAUGGCAUUGAAUUCAGCACGCAAGCAGGCGGGUCUUUCCGACGAUUGGUAUCCGAUAGACGUACCAGCGACACCCGAACAAAUAUGUCUACUCGCGGGGACCACAAUCGACCAUUUGAAAUUGGCAUAAUUUUUUUAUAUAAUAAACAUUUAUUGAAUAUAAUCAGAAUU